UUUCUUUCCUUUUCUCUCUAUCUGUAACUUAACCAUGAGCUUCCGUUCUUCCAACACUUCUCUUCAUCAUCAUCAUCAUCAUUCACGUGAGAUCGAUAACAUUAAUCUAGAUCUUCUCCUUGAGCUGUCUUCAUCAUCUUCCAAUAAUUCAUCUUCUCCACCAGCAGCUAAUAAUUACAGUAUGGAGCCUCGUGUAUUCUCGUGCAACUAUUGCCAGAGAAAGUUUUACAGCUCUCAAGCUCUGGGAGGUCACCAGAAUGCCCACAAGCUUGAGAGGACGCUGGCCAAGAAGAGCAGAGAACUCAGUUCCAUGCAGAAUUUUGGGUUCUCAUCAUCAGAUCGCAGGUCUGGCACGGCUAGCAGCUUCAGUGGCUCGAACCAUGUUGCGCAUGUGGGCUCGAUCAGUCAUGGACAAGCUGGUGGGGUUAGCUAUGAAAGAAGAGAGUUUGGCUACGGCGGUUCCAACUCCAGGUCUGAAAAUAAUGUUCAGGAUCAAGAUAUUAACGGUCAACUUGACUUGUCUUUGAGGCUUUAAUCAAGAUUUCAAUUUAGAACUGCGAGCUUUUAAAGUACCAGCCCUUGGGUUUUAAAUAUAAGGUGAGAUUUCCAUUUUGCAGAGAAAAAUGAGAAACUUGGGGGAUUUUUGCUCACUAUGUAAAAGAUAACUGUUUCUUCUGAGUAUUAAUUAAUGAUUCUGAUAGGAACAACUGUGAUGAAAAAAGAAUGAAUGUAGCAA